AUGUCGGCGCCGCUCAUGGCCGAUGGGCCCAAUCCUGACACCGGGGCCCGAGCCCUGGAGACGCCGGACUGGAAGGCCCCGGAGGACGUAGACCCCCAGCCCAAUAGUUACGAGAUCCGACACUAUGGACCAGCCAAGUGGGUCAGCACAUCCGUUGAAUCUAUGGACUGGGAUUCAGCCAUCCAGACUGGCUUUACAAAACUUCACAGCUACAUUGAAGGCAAGAAUGAGAGAGAGAUGAAAAUAAAGAUGACUGCUCCCAUGACAAGCUACGUGGAACCCGGUUCAGGCCCUUUCAGCCUGUCUACCGUUACCAUUUCCCUUUAUAUCCCCUCUGAACAGCAAUCCGAUCCGCCCAAGCCUUCAGAGUCAGAUGUCUUCAUUGAAGACAGAGCUGAAAUGACUGUGUUUGUACGGUCUUUCGAUGGCUCCUCUAGUGCCCAAAAGAAUCAAGAACAACUUUUGACAUUAGCAAACAUUUUGAGGGAAGAAGGAAAAGUUUUCAAUGAAAAAGUUUACUACACUGCAGGCUACAGCAGUCCUUUUGAAUCACUUAAUAGCAAUAAUGAAGUGUGGCUGAUUCAGAAAAAUGAACCCUCCAAAGAAAAUGAAUGAGAGAAUGAAGAAGAGUUCCAGUGCCUGGGGCAAACGUUCUGUUCAGUGUAAACACCCACGGUCCCUAUGAGUAAAGUGUGUGUCUAGGGUCUUC